AUGGAGCCACAGGCUUCACUGGCUCGUCGACCUUCGGCCACCACAGGUGAGCACCCCCUGACUGGCCAGCAGUUGAGCGAGUGGAUCAUCGUCGCCCGCCCUGGCUGGCACUCAUGCCUCCAGCCGCCGCGGACUUUGGCCGAAGUCAACUCGCAAACAGCCUGAACCCAACGACUCGAAUCGCAUACCUGCUGACACUGACGUUUUUCCCUUUCUGUCCCAGUCAAUAUCUCGCCAGCUCACCAAGACGACCCGAUCGAUUACUCGCACAGCUCCGCGCGGUCGUCGUCCUCACCUCACCCGAUUAGCCUACCAGACUCGGGCCGAAUUGGGACCGGCGCAUUCUCCCAGGGACAACAUCUCCGAAAGGAGUCCUUCCCGAGCCCAUUCCUCGAUAUACCAGGUGCAUCAAGAAGAUCGGUCCCGGCCUUAUUCGGCAACUCGAAUCUCUCGAAUGGCGCGGGCGCGAGAGGCUCCACAUCGAGCGGGCCUCGAACCCCACACGUGAAUGCGAACACAUUCCCUUCAUACGGCGGCGCACGGAGAGCGUUCUACACUACGAAAAGUCAACCGGGAUGGAAACGCACCUUACGACUUGUUCGAGAUGUCGUGCUGCGACCGAUCUACCUCGUCGGGAGAAGGGGUCCACUCAUCCCCCUCUUGCUGGUGCUGAUCAGCUUCGGCUUGUUCCUGACGUAUUCGACCUCGCCUUCGUCGCAAAAAGUCAAGCUGAGGAUGCAGGGCGCGGUUGGACCUUACAUCCCGCAAAGGGCGGCAUCGGUGAUGAGUUGGCAUGAUCGAGCUUCGGAGGAGGCCGAAAGCGGAGCGGGCCUCGAUGAUGAAGAAUCGGACUAUACACCACCGGGGUCCAAAAAGCCGACGGAGGCGACCAAGGGUCGACAGGGCAAGCUCCCCAAGGCCAAGAGUACGCUUUCAACUGCGAUCGAAUUACCUGCUGCGAGGAGGGAUGGAAGGCUGUUGCUUAAGGAAGGGGAGGUGCAUCCGAUCCCGGCGAUGAUGGCAAGGGCGAAGAGGCAGUGGAAGGAACUCAAGGGGCAACAAAGCAAGACAUUCAAGGAGGCAGUCGCAGAGUACGAGAAGCGGUACCGACGCAAGCCGCCAAAAGGUUUUGAUCAAUGGUGAGCUUUAGUCAUUUCCCACCUCCUGAAAUGGUGAAACGUGAUAGCUGACUUGAUCGUAUUCUUGCGCACAGGUAUGCUUUUGCCAAAGCACACAAGGUCGUUCUGAUCGACGAGUUCGACUUGAUCGACAAGGAUCUGCUCAUGUACCGCGCCUUUGAUCCUCCUCAUUUCCGCAAUCGCGUCAAGUACACGUCUACGUACCUCGACAUGCUGUGGAACAUGACCGUUACCAACGGUGUGAUCUCUCGUGCGGGCCAACUCGAGAAUCACGACCGAGCGAGAGGAGUCGAGUUCUUGGCGUCGAGAUUCGCACAUUUGCUUCCCGAUAUGACGAUCAUGUACAAUGGGCAUGAUGGAGCGAGGAUUGCGGUGGCCGCCGAGGAACGGGCUCGACUGGAAAAUCUGGUCAAGAAAGGAGAAUGUGAGCCCCUCAAACCGGUCUCAGCGGGCUGCACUGCAGACACCUCCGUACUGACGACAAUAGGGCGUGUAACUGCUUUUGUUUUGACAGAUGAGCCUGAUGAAGGAGCACCUUACCCACCCAAAGAGAUAGGACCUUGGCCUCACCACUCGAUGCCCGCCUUCUGCCCGAAUGGAACUGCGGUCCGAGGGAAGGUUUUCGAAUAUGGCUGGGCGAGCAUGGACUCGACGGGCUACGAAAUGCCCGCCCCCGUUCCUGGCUCGAUUGGCAGUCUGGUCGAUGGCUUCAAGCAAUAUAUGGAUGUCUGCGACUCGCCGCAGUACCGUCACUUUCACGCGACCACGUCAUGGGUCUACACCCACCACCCGACGCCGGUCGUCCCCCUUUUCACCCCCGGUGUACAGACGACUUUUGGCGAUGUGCACUCUUUGAUUGUCGAACAACUCGAACUCGAAGCCAAGCAUGAUCCGAAGUGGGAGGAGAGGCCCUUCUCGUCACUACAAUGGCGCGGGCAGACGAGUGGACCGCUAUGGGAGAAAACGUCGCCGUGGCGCACGACCCAACGUGCUCGUCUGCAUCUCCUAUCGCAUCAGGAGUCGGGGACGCGCAACAUCACCUUGACGGACGAGGACGACAAGAUACGCCUCGUUGAAGUGCCCAACUUCAAGUUAAACCCAUUGUUCUUGGAUACUGGGAUGGUCGGCCCGGCGGUGCAGUGCGUCAAGGAGGAUGGGACGUGCGACGAGAUGCAAGAAGUGUUUCAAGGUUACGACAAGCGCAUCUCGUUUGACCGAGCUGCCUUGUACAAAUACGUACUAGGUGAAUGCCACCGAUGAUCGCGCGAUCUCUAAAGUGCUGCUUGCUGACGGACCAAGUUUGAUCCACAGACGUUGAUGGCAACAGUUGGUCCGGUCGUUUUCGCCGAUUGAUGCUGUCCAACGCGGCGGUCGUGAAAGCGACGAUCUUUCCCGAAUUUUGGACGGACUGGGCCAUCCCAUGGUUGCAUUUCAUCCCUAUGCAAGUCGACUACAGCGACAUGUGGGACAUUCUCGCCUUCUUCCGUGGCGGGAUCAACGGCGAAGGCGCUCACGACGCUCUGGGGAAGCAGAUCGCCAUGGCUGGUAAGGAGUGGGUCAGGUCGUGUUACCGUUGGGCCGAUUUGGAGGCAUACCAGUUCAGGUUGAUGCUCGAGUAUGGGAGGCUGUACAAUGACGAGACCGAACCGGGGUCCAAGGACUUUAAUGGUGAUACGUGAGUGGUUCUUUCACGGAUCUGUCGGGCUGGAUUAGUGGCAGAAACUGAGUUCAUGAGCCUAUACUACAGAUCGAUUGAACCUGUGUGGAAAGGGGAAGUCAAGCUGGAGUGA